CUUAUUAUCCGCAUAAAAAAUUACUCGUUCCUAAUUUAGGUGGCCCGUUUUCUACGCACACUCGAGGGUGUUUUUUUCGCACAGCAGCUCUGCCAAAAUAAACCGUCAAGGCUCAUAGGCGGCGCCGAAACGGGCGAAUUUCUGGUGGAUUUUACUGAAUAUACACACAUACAUAUGUAUGUCGUCUGAUGAUCAAUCAUGAGGCUCUAUGAUGCAUGCAAGGAGAUAUUGAAGAUCCAGAAGUUCAGGAGAAUGGUAUCCUAUGCUGGGUUUUAUGGCUUUGUCACGGUCAUAAGCUAUGCUUACACAAGCAAUACGACUAGAGCUGGUUACUCUAGAGCUGACCAAUUCUAUGCAUCUUACCCAGCUGGAACUGAGCUCUUAACUGACACUGCUAAGUUAUAUAAAGCUGCGCUUGGAAAUUGCUUUGAAGAGGAAGAGUGGGGACCAAUUGAAUGGUGCAUCAUGGCUAAACACUUUGAACGUCAAGGGAAAUCUCCAUACGCAUAUCAUGCACAAUACAUGGCGCACCUAGCCUCCCAUGGGCAAGUUGAUGGAAGUGCCUAGGGGAUGUAUAAUACUUCUCCCCUCAUGAGGCGCAUCACUUGUGUCAAUACGAGAAAACCUUGUGGCAACGUUUGGAGUUACUCAAAUUGUUUAUCAAGAAAACAUUGUCAGGAGACACGCUUGUAAUGUUGAGAUUUCAUACCUCUUUCUUGGCUGCUUGUAAUGCUAAGAUUUUUUAAUUUUGAUUUUUGUUUCUUUAA